UGCGUCGUCGACUCGGAUACGUCGUUUCAGACAAACAAUCCGUUUGGUUUGAGACGGCUGGAAUAUGAAAGAUGAAGCGGUAGCGGUAGCUCUGGCGCUGUUAUCUCUGGCCUUGUUGAUCUCUGUUUGUCUCAAUGUCUUCUUCUGCAUCAGACAAAAAGACACUUUGUGCAAAGACACGGACGAGUGCUGCUUCAGAAGUAUUAAUACAGGAGCAAGCCCCUCACAGGAUGAAGGGCAUUAUUUUCAUGAACACAAUCACGAAGAGCUGCAGGAAAAUCCAAUCUACGGCAACAUCAGCUCAGACAGAGGAGAUUCUGUCGAGGUUUGCUAUGAGACGAUGACCAUGGAACGCGCAACAGAUCGCAUGAAGUCCAUAGCGCCUGACCUGAAUUAUGCCUCAUUGGAUCUUAAGUUGGUAAAGAAACGCAUGAAGAAGAAUCGCCAUCAGCAAGGCCCCGCUCAGAGAAGAAGCAAACUUCCAGAGGAGCUGCCGGGCCACCUCACUCCCACCCUGAAUACUUUCUUAGAGGUGGAAGCAGACAUGGAUGCUCACCUUCCUUCCAGAAACACCAGCACCAUGGUUUCACACAGCAGCAUCUACCUGAACAGUCAACAGAUCGCCCAGGAGACAGAGGAGCUGGAGAGGGAUAGGGGUGCAAACAUGGAGAGGGAGAUCGUGGGUUGGGGGGGAAUAAGAAAGGGGCAAAGUAGAGAGUGGAAAGGAGAGCAAGAGUUUGAGGGAAGAAAAGAUAGACAUGAUGCUAAUGGGGUUGUAUGCACACAGCUUUCAGAAGUAGAGGCUAUUCAGAACAGCAGCUUUAGUCAUGAUAGUGAGCAUCAAGAUUAAGAUUCAAGUGUUUGAGCUACCUAAGAAAAGCUAACUGACCAUUAUUGUGUCUGAAAGAAUGAAUGAAUGCUACCUUCAAUAUUUAACAAGCUUUUUGCGCAAUUUCCUCUUUGAUGUAAAUACAUUUGAACUCUCCAGAUUGAGCAACAGAGGAACAAAAGGUGUACAUCUCUGUGCAGCGGAGGUACAAAACUGAGAAUAAAGAAAGAAAUGAAA